AUGCAUCUCUCCAUCACUACUCUUGCGUUGUGCGUGCAAGCUGCGGUUGCAGCUCCAAGCUCCUCACCACUCACAGUCCGCACAUCGACCGGCUACUAUACCGGUGUAUAUGACGCAAACUUCACCGGCGUCCGCGAGUUUCUAAACGUACCAUAUGGUCAGACCACAGCAGGUAAGAAUCGCUGGAUGCCGCCUCAAGCUGUACCACUCUCCAGCGAGCGAUUCAAUGCCACGGACUACGCACCGUUUUGCCCGCAAUACGUCUCCAGGAAUCCCGCGGUAUGGAACCGGCAGAUCCCACAAUAUUUAAGUCUCUGGGGCAAUGCCAACUUCUCCGCCGGAGAGCCAGCUGCCUUUGCAAGUGAAGACUGCCUAAGCCUCGCUAUCUGGACACCCGCGAAUGCCACCAGCGCUUCGAAACUUCCGGUGGCCUUGUUCUGGACAGGCGGAGGGUUCCAGACAAACGGUAUACUUGUGCCCGGACAGCUUCCGCCGAGAUGGGUCAGCAGAACUCAGCAGCAUAUCGUGGUCACGAUCAACUACCGCAUGAACAUCAUGGGAUUUCCAAACGCGGCCGGUGUCUAUGACCAGAACCUGGGCCUUCUCGACCAACGCCUGUCGCUCGAAUGGGUGCGCGACAAUAUCGUCCACUUUGGAGGCGACCCGUCCCGUAUCAUGAUCUGGGGUCAAAGUGCCGGCGCGGCGUCAGUAGACUACCAUAACUACGCUUUCUGGGACGAGCCCAUUGCGCACGCCAUCUUCGCGCAGUCCGGCAACGUAUACAACGGCGCCCCAAUCACCGAUCCCGACCAUACCAACUUCACCUUCGUGGCGCAGAAUGUCGGGUGUAACUAUCCCAACAACGCCACCGCUGAGCUGGCAUGUAUGCAGAACGUCGACGUGGAUAGAAUCAUCGCGUUCAUGGGUGGGUACCAAGACAAUUCGAGCUCGACAAAUCCAACUCAGCCAGCGAUCUCCUUCAGCGUGGUUGCGGAUGAGCGGAUCGCAUUCAGCAACAACACGGCGCGGUACGCCGAAGGCUUUGUGACGAAAGUUCCAAUCAUCUACUCAAGCGUUGCUAAUGAAGGCGGGAGCCUGGCGCCUUAUCCUGCCAGCGAUCCGCUGGCCGGUGUCAACCAGACUGUCGCGAAUGGCAUCACCGAGAGCCUCUCCCUAUGCACUGGCGCUAAUACCACAAUCCUCCGUAACCAAUAUGGCUUGCCGCCCACAUACAGGUACCAGUACGCCGGCAAUUGGACGAACCAAGACCCGCUGCCUUGGAUGGGUGCAUUCCACAGCUCUGACUUACCGAUGAUCUUCGGCGCAUACGAGUACAGCUCCGCGAACCGCGGCAGCGCCAACGUUUCCAUCGUCGUGACACCCGAAAGCGACAUCCAACCCCUCGAAGUCCAAACGAGUCAGACAAUGGAAGACUUCAUCUUGGCCUUCAUGAAGAAUCCUUACAGCGGCCCACCUGCGCUGGGCUGGCUACCGAUGAACACGUCGGCGCCUGAUGGAGGGUUGAUCUUGCGGUUUGGAGCGAAUGGCAAGGCGGUGCAGAACGUGACGGGUAACGACGUGCAGGCGGUAUGUUUCGGGCGAGGGCCGUAUAACCCGUUUCCGUAAUCCUGUUCUGCCAUGCACGCAUGCGAGAAGUAGUCUGUAUCUCUGCGGUGAGCAUUUCGUUAAUUGAAAACUGAGCGUAUACCACC